AUGGACGUGAAGGAACGCAAACCCUACCGCUCGCUGACGGCCAGACGGGACACGGAGCGACGCUAUACCAGCUCCUCGGCCGAAAGCGAAGACGGCAAGCUGAACCCCAAGUCCUACAGCUCCAGCGAGACACUGAAGGCCUUUGACCAGGACUCCAGGCUGGCCUAUGGGACACGUGUCAAGGAAAUGGUGCACCAAGAGUCAGAUGAGUUCUGUAGACAGGGGGCAGACUUCUCUCUCCGAGAGCUGGGCUUUGGCGAGGCCAUGCCCUCCCACAUGGCGGCGUACCGCACAGACCUGGGACUGCCUCACCGCGGGUAUUCGGUCAGCGCCGGCUCCGAUGCGGACACGGAGACAGAAGGCAUCAUGUCCCCGGAACACGCCGUGCGGCUCUGGGGGAGGAACAUCAAGUCAGGCCGCAGCUCGUGUCUGUCCAGCCGGGCCAACUCCAACCUGACGCUCACCGACACGGAACAUGAAAACACGGAGAACGGUCCUCCCCUGCAUUGUUCAUCCACCUCUUCUACCCCCGUUGAACAUUCCCCCUCACCUCCCCCCUCCCUUGAAGCCAAUGAAAGCCAGAGAAGGUUGCUAGGUAACUGUGAGGCUCAGCCAACCCAGGACUCUGACUCUGAGGAUGAGUUUGGCCCUAACUCAUUCUUAGUUAGAACUGGCUCAGGGAACCUCUAUGCUUCUUCUGCUGCGACUGCUACCGACGGUACAUUUCAGAACCAUUCCCAGCUCCGGACGCCCCCACUCCCACUGUCCCACUCCCACUCGCCAAGCCAGCACCAUGCGGCCUCUGUCAACUCCCUGAACCGUGGGAACUACACACCCCGCAGUAACCCCAGCCCGGCCCCCACAGACAGCUCCAUCCCGCCUGAGGGCCCCGGCAGUGUACAGGAGUCUGGGAGUGCCCAGGACAACUGGCUGCUCAACAGCAACAUCCCCCUGGAGACCAGGAGCCAGAAUACUCUAUUGUUUAUCAGAGAAGAGCAAGACGCUUACAGAGAAGGGCAGGGAUCGUACAACACAAGGCACUUCCUGUUCAAACCUGGUGGGACGUCGCCCUUGUAUUGCACUACUUCUCCGGGGUACCCCCUUACCUCCAGCACGGUUUAUUCCCCGCCCCCACGCCCCCUGCCCCGGAGCACCUUCUCCCGCCCGGCCUUCAGUCUGAAAAAGCCCUACAAGUACUGCAACUGGAAAUGUGCCGCCUUGAGCGCCAUUAUCAUCUCUGUCAUGCUGGUGUUCCUGCUGGCCUACUUCAUUGUCAUGCGCCUCUUCGGGCUGAACUGGCACCUGCAGCCCAUGCAGAGACAGAUGUACCAGUUGGCAGAGACUAGCGACGGUGGCUCACCCACCCCCACGGACCUGGUCCUGCCACCGCUAGGGAACACGGGCCUGGAGGUUCCUGACCGAAGGGGCAAGGAGGAUGGGAAACUGGAUGGCUUGUUCCCAGACGACAGCUUUAUAGACAUGGGCGAGAUUGACGUGGGACGCAAGGUGGCCCAGCAGAUCCCCCCUGGGAUAUUCUGGAGGUCCCAGGUUUUUGUUGACCACCCCAUGUACCUCAAAUUCAACGUGUCUCUGAGCAAGGGUGCCUUGGUGGGAAUCUAUGGAAGGAGAGGUCUGCCUCCAUCACACACGCAGUUUGAUUUUGUGGAGCUGCUGGAUGGCCGACGGCUGCUGGCCCCAGAAGUCCGCGGUCUGGAGGGCCCUCAGAGUCAGCAGCGCGGUCUGGCGCCUGUCACCAACCACGACACAGGCUUCAUCCAGUACAUGGACUCGGGCAUCUGGCACCUGGCGGUCUACAAUGACGGCAAAGAGACCGAGCAGAUCUCCUUCAUCACCACAGCAAUAGAUUCCAUUGACGACUGCCCCAGCAACUGCUUUGGGAACGGGGAAUGUGUGUCUGGAACCUGCCACUGCUUUUUAGGGUUCCGGGGGCCGGACUGUGGAAGAGCCUCUUGUCCGGUGCUGUGCAGUGGAAACGGUCAGUACCUCAAAGGGCGCUGCAUGUGUCACAGCGGAUGGAAGGGCUCCGAGUGCGACGUCCCCACCAGCCAGUGCAUCGACGUCACCUGCAGCAGCCACGGCACCUGCAUCAUGGGCACGUGCAUCUGCAACCCGGGCUACAAGGGCGAGAACUGCGAGGAAGUCGACUGCCUUGACCCAACCUGCUCCGGGAGAGGGGUGUGUGUCCGUGGGGAGUGCCACUGCCUGGUGGGCUGGGGGGGACCUGGCUGCGAGAGCCCCCGCGCAUCUUGCAUGGACCAGUGCUCAGGGCAUGGGGCGUUCCUUUCCGACACCGGAACGUGCAGCUGUGACCCAAACUGGACCGGACACGACUGCUCUACAGAGAUUUGUGCAGCGGACUGUGGUGGUCACGGCAUCUGCGUGUCGGGCACCUGCCGCUGCGACGACGGCUGGAUGGGCGCUGGGUGUGACCAGAGGGCGUGUCACCCGCGCUGCAACGAGCAUGGGACAUGCAAGGACGGCAAAUGCGAGUGCAGCCCGGGGUGGAAUGGAGAGCACUGCACUAUUGCUCACUAUCUGGAUAAGGUAGUGAAAGAGGGCUGUCCGGGGCUAUGCAACGGCAAUGGCAGGUGCACUCUGGGUAACAGCGGCUGGUACUGCGUGUGUCAGCUGGGCUGGAGAGGGGCCGGGUGCGACACGUCCAUGGAAACAGCCUGCAACGAUGGCAAGGACAACGACGCAGACGGGCUGGUGGACUGCAUGGACCCGGACUGCUGUCUGCAGGCCUCCUGUCACGUCACCUCUCUGUGCGUGGGCUCGCCGGACCCCCUGGACAUCAUCCAGGAGACGCAGACGCCCUCCACCCAGAGCAGCCUGCAGUCCUUCUACGACCGGGUGCGCUUCCUGGUGGGCAAGGACAGCACGCACGUCAUCCCAGGAGCCAACCCCUUCGAGGGCCGCCACGCUUGUGUGAUCCGGGGACAAGUGGUGACCUCAGAUGGGACCCCUCUGGUCGGAGUGAACAUCAGCUUCAUCAACAACCCUGCCUAUGGGUACACCAUCACAAGACAAGAUGGCAGUUUCGAUUUGGUGACCAAUGGGGGCGUUGCUAUCGGCCUGCGGUUCGAGCGAGCUCCGUUCAUUACCCAGGAGCACACACUAUGGUUGCCAUGGGGACGCUUUUUCGUCAUGGACACCAUCGUCAUGCGGCACGAAGAGAACGAAAUCCCCAGCUGUGAUCUCAGCAGCUUUGCUCGCCCGAGCCCUGUCGUCUCGCCCGCCCCCCUCACCGCCUUUGCAGGGGCCUGCUCCGAGAGAGGGGCCAUCGUCCCAGAGAUCCAGACACUUCAGGAGGAGAUCCCAAUCCCUGGCACAGACAUGAGGCUGGGCUACUUGAGCAGCCGUACCCCAGGCUACAAGUCGGUGCUGCACGUCACUCUCACCCACGCCACCAUCCCCUUUAACCUGAUGAAGGUCCACCUCAUGGUGGCUGUUGAGGGACGCCUCUUCAGGAAAUGGUUUGCUGCCGCACCCAACCUCUCCCACUACUUCAUCUGGGACAAGACCGAUGUCUACAGCCAGAAGGUCUACGGGCUAUGCGAGGCCUUUGUUUCAGUGGGCUAUGAGUAUGAAUCCUGCCCUGACCUUAUUCUCUGGGAGAAGAGGACUGCAGUCCUGCAGGGGUAUGAGAGCAGUGCCUCUAACCUGGGCGGCUGGUCUCUGGACAAACACCACGCCCUCAACAUCCAGAGCGGCAUCCUGCACAAGGGAAAUGGGGAGAACGUCUUCAUCUCCCAGCAACCGCCCAUCAUCGGCAGUGUCAUGGGCAACGGGCGGCGGCGCAGCAUCUCCUGCCCGAGCUGCAAUGGCCUUGCGGAUGGCAACAAGCUCCUGGCACCCGUGGCGCUGGCCUGUGGCUCUGAUGGCAGUCUGUAUGUGGGCGACUUCAACUACGUCCGCCGCAUCUUCUCCACGGGAAACGUCACCAGCGUCCUGGAGCUGAGAAAUAAAGAUUUCAGGCAUAGCAACAGCCCAGCGCACAAAUACUACCUGGCGGCCUGUCCUGUGUCGGGGACUGUGUACUUGUCGGAUACCAGCAGCAGGAAAGUGCUGAAGGUGAAGUCCCUGACUGUGGUUAAAGAUGUGGCCAAAAACCUGGAGGUGGUGGCCGGGACUGGAGAUCAGUGCUUGCCCUUCGAUGAGACGCGCUGUGGGGACGGAGGGAAGGCGGUGGAGGCCACGCUCACCAACCCUCGAGGCAUCACUGUGGACAAGUACGGGCUCAUCUACUUUGUGGACGGCACCAUGAUCCGUCGGAUCGACCAGAACGGAAUCAUCUCCACACUACUGGGCUCUAAUGACCUCACCUCGGCCCGGCCCCUCAGCUGCGACUCUGUGAUGGAUAUUUCCCAGGUUCGUCUGGAAUGGCCCACUGACCUUGCAGUCAGCCCCAUGGAUAACUCCCUGUACGUCCUGGAUAACAACGUGGUGCUGCAGAUCUCCGAAAACCACCAGGUGCGCAUCGUAGCCGGUCGCCCCAUGCAUUGCCAGGUGCCGGGCAUCGACCACUUUCUACUCAGCAAGGUAGCCAUCCACGCCACCCUGGAGUCUGCCACGGCGCUGGCGGUGUCCCACAGCGGCAUCCUGUACAUUGCCGAGUCGGAUGAGAAGAAGAUUAACCGCGUGCGGCAGGUGUCCACCAACGGGGAGAUCUCCCUGGUGGCAGGUGCCCCCACCGGCUGCGACUGCAAGAACGACGCAAACUGCGACUGCUAUUCUGGGGACGACGGCUACGCCAAGGAUGCCAAGCUUAACGCGCCCUCGUCCCUGGCCGUGUCCCCGGACGGCGAGCUCUUCAUUGCCGACCUGGGCAACAUCCGCAUUCGCUACGUCCGCAAGAACAAGCCCUACCUGAGCCCGCUCAACUUGUACGAGGUAUCCUCCCCCAUCGAAGACGAGCUCUACCUGUUCGACGCCAACGGCAGCCACAUCUACACCCAGAGCCUCACCACUGGAGACUACCUGUACAACAUCACCUACACCGGAGAGGGCGACGUCAGCACCAUCAUCGACAAGAACAAGAACAUCAUUAGCAUCCGGAGGGACGGCACCGGAAUGCCCCUCUGGGUUUUGGUCCCCGACGGUCAGACUUUCUGGUUGACCAUUGGAACUAACAGUGCCCUCAAGAGUGUGGCUACGCAGGGGCAAGAGCUGGCCAUGAUGACCUAUCAUGGGAGUUCAGGGCUGCUGGCAACAAAGACCAAUGAAAAUGGAUGGACAACAUUCUAUGAGUAUGACAGCUAUGGCCGCUUAACCAACGUCACCUACCCCAGCGGGCAAGUCAGCAGCCUUCGCACCAACUCUGACAGCUCUGUAAGCGUCCAAACAGAGGCCUCCAACAAAGAGGACAUCACCAUUACAACAAAUCUGUCUGCCUCCGGAACAUUCUAUACACUCAUGCAGGAUCAAGUGCGGAACAGCUACUACAUUGGUCUUGAUGGCUCCUUACGGUUGGUUCUGGCCAAUGGCAUGGAGGUGUCCCUGCACACAGAGCCCCACCUGCUGGCCGGCACAGUCAACCCCACCGUCAGCAAGAGGAAUGUCACCCUGCCCAUCGACAAUGGCCUCAACCUGGUGGAAUGGAGGCAGCGCAAGGAACAGGCCCGCGGGCAGAUCACUGUAUAUGGACGCAGACUCCGGGUACACAACAGGAACUUGCUGUCACUGGAUUUUGACCGCAUCACGAGGACGGAGAAAGUGUACGACGACCACAGGAAGUUCACCCUGCGCAUCCACUACGACCAAGCGGGAAGGCCCACGCUGUGGGCUCCCAGCAGCCGACUCAACGGCAUCAACGUCACCUAUUCCCCCGGGGGGCACAUUGCAGGCAUACAGAGGGGCACCAUGUCAGUGCGCAUGGAGUAUGACCAGAACGGCCGGAUCAUCUCACAGACCUUUGCUGACGGAAAAUCCUGGAGCUACACCUACCUCGAGAAGUCUAUGGUGUUGCUGUUGUACAGCCAGAGACAAUACAUCUUUGAGUUUGACAAGAAUGACCGGCUGUCCUCUGUGACCAUGCCCAACGUGGCACGGCAAACUCUGGAGACGACGCGCUCCAUCGGGUACUACAGGAACACCUACAGGCCGCCUGAGGGCAAUGCCUCAGUGUUGCAGGACUUCAGCGAGGACGGGCAGCUGCUGCAGACCACCCACCUGGGGACGGGCCGGCGGGUCAUCUACAAGUACGGCAAGCUGUCCAAGCUGCUGGAGAUCCUGUACGACGCCACGCGUGUGGCCUUCACCUAUGACGAGACGGCGGGCAUGCUGAAGACCGUCAACCUGCAGAACGAGGGCUUCGUCUGCACCAUCCGGUACCGGCAGAUCGGGCCCCUCAUCGACCGGCAGAUCUUCCGCUUCAGCGAGGAGGGCAUGGUGAACGCCCGCUUCGACUACAACUAUGACAACAGCUUCCGGGUCACCAGCAUGCAGGCUGUCAUCAAUGAGACGCCGCUGCCCAUCGACCUCUACCGCUAUGACGACGUCUCCGGCAAGACGGAGCAGUUCGGCAAGUUCGGCGUCAUCUACUAUGACAUCAACCAGAUCAUCACCACCGCCGUCAUGACACACACCAAGCACUUCGAUGCCUACGGCCGCGUCAAGGAAGUGCAGUACGAGAUCUUCCGCUCGCUCAUGUACUGGAUGAUGGUGCAGUACGACAACAUGGGCCGGGUGGUGGGGAAGGAGCUGAAAGUGGGGCCCUAUGCCAACACCACCCGCUAUUCCUACGAGUACGAUGCCGACGGGCAGCUGCAGACGGUCUCCAUCAAUGACAAGCCCCUGUGGCGGUACAGCUACGACCUGAACGGCAAUCUCCACCUCCUCAGCCCUGGCAACAGCGCCCGACUGACCCCGCUUCGCUAUGACCUGCGAGACAGGAUCACCAGGCUGGGGGACGUCCAGUACAGAAUGGACGAGGACGGGUUCCUGAAGCAAAGAGGCAGCGAGUUCUUCGAGUACAACUCCGCCGGCCUGCUGGUCAAAGCCUACAGCAAGGUGGGCGGAUGGAACAUCAAGUACUGCUACGACGGCCUGGGCAGGCGGGUGUCCAGCAAGAGCAGCUACGGCCACCACCUGCAGUUCUUCUACGCGGACCUGUCCAGCCCGACCCGGGUGACACACAUGUACAACCACUCCAGCUCGGAAAUCACCUCGCUCUACUACGACCUGCAGGGCCACCUCUUUGCCAUGGAGCUCAGCAGCGGGGACGAGUUCUAUGUGGCGUGUGACAAUAUCGGCACACCACUGGCUGUCUUCAGCUCCAACGGCCUGAUGAUCAAGCAGAUCCUUCACACAGCCUACGGCGAGGUCUACCUGGACACCAACCCCAGCUUCCAGCUGAUUGUUGGGUACCAGGGCGGCCUCUAUGAGCCACUUACCAAGCUGGUGCACAUGGGCCGAAGGGAUUAUGAUGUCCUGGCCGGCCGCUGGACCACCCCGGACCACGACAUCUGGAGGCGUCUGAACGGCAAUAACAUCGUGCCCUUCAACCUCUACAUGUUCAAAAACAACAACCCCAUCAGUAACAGCCAGGAUAUCAAGUGCUUCAUGACAGAUGUGAACAGCUGGCUUCUGACGUUCGGCUUCCAGCUGUACAACGUCAUCCCUGGGUACCGUACGCCUGACACAGACGCAAUGGAGCCCUCCUACGAGCUGAUCCGCACACAGACCAAGACCCAGGAAUGGGACAGCAGCAAGAUGGUGAUGGGGGUGCAGUGUGAGGUACAGAGGCAGCUGAAGGCCUUCGUGAAGCUGGAGCGCUUCAAUCCAGUCUAUGGAGCAAGCAGUGCAGGAUGCUCCCAGUCUGAGGGGCAGACGCUCUUCGCAUCAGGGGGAUCCAUUUUCGGAAAAGGGGUGAAGUUUGCCAUCCGGAAUGGCCAGGUCUCCACCGACAUCAUCAGUGUGGCUAGCGAGGAUGGGCGCCGUAUGGCGGCGGUGCUCAACGGCGCCACCUACCUGCAGGACCUGCACUUCACCGUCGGGGGCAUGGACACACACUACUUCGUCAAGGCGGGCCCCGUGGAGGGCGACCUGUCCCUCAUCGGCAUGACGGUGGGCCGGCGCACGCUGGAGACGGGCGUCAACGUGACGGUGUCGCAGAUGAACGCGGUGCUGGGCGGCAGGACUAGGCGCAUCACCGACAUCCAGCUGCAGCACGGCGCACUCUGCCUCAACACGCGCUACGGCAGCAGCGUGGACGAGGAGAAGGCGCGCGUGCUGGAGCUGGCCCGCCAGCGCGCCGUGGCGCAGGCUUGGGCCCGCGAGCGGCAGAGACUGCGCGAGGGCGAGGAGGGCUCGCGUGCCUGGACUGACGGCGAGCGGCAGCAGCUCCUGAGCUCCGGCAGGGUCCAGGGCUACGACGGCUACUACCUGGUCUCGGUGGACCAGUACCCCGAGCUGUCGGACAGUGUUAACAACAUCCACUUCAUGAGACAGAGCGAAAUGGGCCGAAGGUGACAGGAACACGAGGCUCUCGAGUGACAGACUCGGACGGCGUCAAGGACUUCUUGCCAAAGACAGUUACGUACGCGGCCGCUUUAUUUUUUUUUUUUCUUUGACUGUGGUUAACUUUUUUUUCUGAAGAAAAAAUACAUUGUCGUAUACAGAUGCACUGCAUUUAAGGAAGACUGCCCCGGUGUUUAUUUCUUUUUUUAUUCUUUGACAGUCUUUGCCCUUCAAGUGCGACUGCAAGAGGAUGAAAUUUUAGAUUCUGGUGAAUUUUUUUACCCCUCCGAGUUUGGUAUCCCACUUGUUGAUUCUGUUAAAGGGAAUCUACGAGCCAGGGGUGUAAAUGCAUAGCGUUCUGUGGUUUACUCCGCUGCCAGUGACAAGUAAACUGUGAUUCACAAGCUUGUUCCAUUCUGCCUUUUUCGCGCUUCAGCCAAGGAGAGACGUUCUCUUUUACUCGCUUCUUUUUUUAUACUUGAAAACAUUGCCACUGUAAAAAAAUAAAAAAUAAAAAAAAUAAAAAUAAACAGGGACUACAGUAAUCCAGUUCAGAUGUUGCUGUCUAUGUUCCAGUCA